CAAAUUAAAAAUAAAUUUAUUAUUCAGAAAUUGUUUUAAGAACUUGAGUCAGAUUCUGACAUAAGCAAUAUAAAUUUUCGUAUAUAAGUAGAUUGUUGAAAAUAAAUUGGUGGGGAUUUAAAGAAACUAAAUCAGGCGAGAAAAGCCGAAAAUUGCCGAUUCAUACUCGAGUGGAUUCUGACCUGAAUAUUCGUUAUUCUUCUUGGAAAGUUGUGAACAUUGUGUCUAUUAGUGUUUUAUGUUUUAUAAAAACAUAUUUUUGUAUUAUUCAUUCUAGUAUUAAAAACCACUUGUAAAAAAGAAUAAUAAUGGCUGUAACAAGUGAUGCUAUGUAUCAAUCAAGAAUCAUUGCUCCAUCAUUCGUAUCGUCAAACAUGUAUUAUGGUUGUGUACAACAUUGUAAGAAAGAAACUCAGCAUAAUGUUAUGCUUGAACAUAUCGGAAUUUCAAAACCAUCAUUAAUCGAUUGUUGCUCUUACGAUACACUUAUGGAAAUUGAUGAAGACGGAUGUGAUUAUUCUAUGACAACUGAUUAUUUGAACAACGAUUCUAUAAUUUUAAAAGCAACAGUACAGAAUCGGUUAAAAACUAGUGAAAAAUUACAAUCACAACAACAAACAACUUAUGAUGCGGAUAUGCUUCAACGCAGAAGUCGGAAGCGACACAACAGCGAUUUCAAUUCUACAAGUCAACUGAAAAAGUUACGAAGAGGCGGUGGUAAGGACCAUGUACAAGAAGACACAACAGAUACAAAGGACUAUGGCUCAACCAUUAUGUCGUGUGAAUCAGAAGCAUUUCAAGUAAAUAUUAUUGAUAAUGUGCAACAAUCUAAGAUUAAAAAUAAGAACGGGGCAGCAGAAAGUCAUAUUAGUUUCAAUAAUUCAAAUUGUGAAGAAUUGUUAUUCAAUAAUAGUCAUAAAUCACUUGAAAACAUUGUUGAAUAUGAAAAUAUGUUAUUUGAAACACAUGGAUGUUCAAUAUAUCAAUUUUAUCGUUUGCAAUUGGAUAAUAAUGACUGCACAGAAUUUUAAAUAAAAUAAUAUAUAAUUAUUUUUAAUGUUUA